UCCUGGGGCAGCUGUCCCGUCUCCGUCUAGACCUCAACCGGGCAGAACCCGCGCGACUGCGCCACGGACACACCGGAGCACGUAGAAACCACGGACGAUCCCAAUAAGGAUUGCUACUUAUAGACACGGGCUCUAAGGAAGCUCGUUAGGUUUAUUCCGAAACGGGACUAACGGAACACGGUGCCUUUUCACACUUUCACACUCCUCUGCGCUCUGGCACAAGACUGUGAGAAAGUUUUGGCCGGGCGCGUCAGAGCUCCGGUAAGCUCGUGCUGGAAUUUGUGAUUCGGAGCGGAUUUUAUCAAUAGCGUCAUGGCUCGGUUCGGAUUCGGGCUUGCGCUGCUGGCGCUCGUGUUUGGGCUUGUCUACGCGUUUGGGGACGAGGAGGAGAUGACCUGCGACCCGAUCCGUAUAUCCAUGUGUCAGGAUCUCGGAUACAAUGUGACAAAGAUGCCGAACCUGGUGGGAAACGUGCUGCAGUCCGACGCCGAACUGCAACUGACCACUUUUACACCAUUAAUACAGUACGGCUGCUCGAGCCAGCUGAAGUUCUUCCUAUGCUCCGUCUACGUUCCCAUGUGUACGGAGAAGGUUCCAAUCCCAAUCGGCCCGUGCGGCAGCAUGUGCUUGUCUGUAAAGAGGAAGUGUCUUCCGGUCCUGCAGGAGUUUGGUUUUGUGUGGCCUGAGCUAUUGAACUGCAGCCUGUUCCCGCCCACCAACGACCAGAACCACAUGUGCAUGGAGGGUCCGGGUGACGAGGACCCGCCAUUCCACGCCGUGCGGCCAAUGCCGCCACAGGAGGAGGAGUGCAUGGCACUGGGCGCCGGCGUGGAGCAGUAUGCAUGGGUGAAGCGCAGCGGCAGCUGCUCGCUGCAGUGCGGAUACGACACGGGAUUGUACCGCCGACAGGCCAAAGUCUUCACCGACGUGUGGAUGGCGGUGUGGGCGGUUCUCUGCUUCAUCUCCACUACGUUCACCGUCUUGACCUUCCUAGUGGACUCCUCGCGUUUUUCCUACCCGGAACGACCUAUUAUUUUCCUCAGCAUGUGCUGCAAUAUUUACAGCGUGGCGUACAUUGUACGCCUGACCGUUGGGCGUGAGCGCAUCUCCUGCGACUUGGAAGAAGCAGCUGUACCCGUGCUAGUGCACGAGGGGUUGAAGAACACAGGCUGCGCCAUCGUUUUCCUUCUCACGUAUUUCUUCGGCAUGGCGAGCUCAAUCUGGUGGGUGAUCCUGACGCUCACAUGGUUCCUGGCGGCCGGGCUGAAGUGGGGACACGAGGCCAUCGAAAUGCACAGUUCGUACUUCCACAUCGCGGCUUGGGCCAUUCCCGCCGUCAAGACCAUCGUCAUCCUCAUCAUGCGGUUAGUGGAUGCUGACGACCUCUCUGGGAUGUGCUACGUGGGCAACCAGAAUCUAGACGCGCUCACAGGGUUCGUAGUUGCGCCACUAUUUACAUAUUUGGUAAUCGGGACACUGUUCAUUGCCGCCGGCUUGGUCGCGCUGUUCAAGAUCCGCUCAAAUUUGCAAAAGGACGGAACGAAGACGGACAAGCUAGAACGGUUAAUGGUGAAAAUUGGUGUGUUUUCAGUGCUGUACACAGUGCCGGCCACUUGCGUCAUUGCGUGCUACUUCUACGAAAUCUCAAAUUGGGCUGACUUUCGUCAGUCAGCAAGGGAUUCGUAUAUGGCGGCGGAGAUGCUGCGGAUUUUCAUGUCUCUGCUUGUGGGAAUCACAUCGGGAAUGUGGGUUUGGUCCGCCAAAACGCUUCACACGUGGCAGCGAUGUUCUCACCGACUCGUGCACACCGGGCGAAACAACCGCGUCAAACGGACCGCCAACGGCUGGGUCAAACCGGGCAAAGGCAACGAGACGGUUGUGUGAUAAAGAGACGGAGGCGCCCACGCCCAUGUAGCACUAUCGUUUGUUCGCUUUACGCGAAACGUUCUUAAGAUGAUCUUACACUGGACGGUCCUGGUGCAGCAGUUUUUUUGUGUAAAUAUGCACUACGUAAAACUCUCACUGAAGUGCCUUCGUUUUUGUGGAUGAACUACUCAGCCGACUCUGGGAAAUGUAGUUCUUUACUCCUCAGCGAUCAGCGCCGUUUACCUCGCAACACGUCACAGCUGCCGGAAUGCUUACGAGACUUGUUAAUGCUAAGUUCACGUUGUGUUGCAAAUGCGAAAUAUUGAAGCAGAAAGUAAGUGUGCAAUGGCAUGUCAAACAGAAGUAUGCAUUGAGGUUGCUAACUAACUUUACCUGUUGACAUUUUGCUGUCAAUUUACGUCUUGCAAGAUGUCACAAUGCUCAGUUUCCGUGGUUUUUACAGGUCAGAAACUCAAAACGUGAACGCGUUAUAAGUUAUUGUGCAGAGAUCUCCUUCACUAUUUAGUUACUGUCUAUUUUUGAUAUGACAAAGCUAUGAUGGGACUUUUGUUUUGUUUUGUUUUGUUUUGUUUUGCGCUGUCAGACACACAUUCGCUCUGAAUAUGAGACGUGACAAUCACUGACCUUGCCGUACGGGCCUCCCGUAGGGUCGAUGAAUGUAUUGACCGAUUAUAAACUCUUAAGCCUUUUAAAAGUGCCUCAGAAACUCACAUGCAGGUGGUACAGUCCUGGAUUUCAUGAAGGACUUCUGGAUCGAUUUUGUACAUAAACUGAUGUUUGUAGUUGUAAUAUGUGUUAUUUUUGUGUUAUGAGAUGCUAAUUUAUCUUUGUAAAAACUAAGAAACUGAACAAAAAUUUAUUUAAGAAUGCUUUUGUAUCAAAUGAAAAAUUAAACUUUCAAAAUCUA